AUGGGCGACCCCCUCUCCGUCCUCGCCUCCAUCGGCGGCCUGAUCGCCAUCGGUACCUCCCUCGUCACUGGCCUCACCACCACCAUCAGCAAGGCGCGCUCCGCGCCAGCCAGCAUCCAAGCCCUCAGCAAAGAGCUCAAAACCCUCUGCACGGCACUCAGCAACCUCGAGACGGUGUUUAAGCUCCCCGAUGUGCUCCGCAACCCGCUCUUCCCCGUCGACAUCCUCUCGGAGCUGCUGGAAAACAUCAUGGCUGACUUUGUUGCGGUGCAGAAGGAAGUUGGCAGCUAUACGGCGAGGCCGGAGGCGGGGGCGCUGCAGCAGGUGUGGAGGCAGUUCCGCUGGAGCUUUCGCGAGGGCGAUGUUCGUGAGUUGAGAGACGAUAUUGCGGCAUAUAAGGCGACGAUUGUCAUGACCAUAUCAGCGGCGAAUUUUGCCACAACGUGUUCGAGCGCGUUGGCAAACUCGGUGGAGUUCAGUACGUUACAAGCCAGCAUCUCCGAGCUCAGGGCGAACCUGUCGUAUUGUACGCAUGUAAACCAGUGUCUACGGUCAAGCUGCACUGCCAUUCGAUCGAGGUGUUGCAGCAGAGCCCGCUCGCAGGAUAACCGCCGCCAAUCCCAGCACUCCGCUAUCAGCCGGUCCUCUUCGCAGCGAACUCCCCGCCAGCAAAACGUGCAGCACAGUGCGACGAGUGAUGAGAGGUCAGGCACAAUCUCGGGGUCGCUUCGGAGCAUGAAGACCUUCUUGACGAGAUCAACUAGUGGUUCGGGCUCGUAUUCGUAUCGGGCGGAGUCGAUUCUUGACCUGUAUUGUGCGAGUAUCAGGUCUAUGCGCCAAGCAUCGAUCAGGCAGCUGGAUCGAGCUCUUGGGCCCGAGGUUGAACGAGGGCCGGAGUGGAACGAAGACUUGAAUGGGCAGUUACACUCGGAUGGCGACGGAGACGGCACACUAUAUCCUAAUCUUCAGUUUAAUAAUGACCCACAGCAGCAGAGGGGGGACGGUUAUGAGUCGGUGUUUGUUAUGGAUCCCUCCCCGCAUUCUACCGAACUGUCAGGGAACGCGGUAGUGGCUGAUCCACCUCUAUCUCAACCUCAACCCCUGCAGUUCCAGCUUUACAUAACGGACUCGGCACUACAUAUCUACAAGGCCCCGGCAAUGAGAGGCACAAACAAACUUUGGCUGCGGUAG